AAGGGGUGGAUUCUAGUUUAGUAAGCGGAAGCUUGCUUGUACGAAGACGAGUUGAUCUGAACAUGGCGCCCUUGACAAUUUGCAGAAUAAGACCUCCAACAAUAUUUUGGCGAUCAGCACUUCAUCUGUUCGGUUUAAUCGUCGUGUCCGUAUGCCUGACUUCACGGACGGCGCUUGCCAAAAAGAACCACCUGAGAGUUGUCACAGACGGUAACUGGGAGGAGAUCCUGGAAGGGGAAUGGAUGAUAGAGUUCUUCGCCCCUUGGUGUCCGGCUUGCCAGCAGCUACAGCCCGUGUGGAAUGAGUUCGCCGAAUGGGGGGAGGACAUAGGGGUGAACAUCGCCAAAGUGGACGUCACAGAACAGCCCGGUUUGAGUGGCAGGUUUAUCAUCACGGCUCUUCCGACAAUCUACCACUGUAAGGACGGAGUGUUUCGGAGAUACCAGGGAGCUCGGACCAAGGAUGACUUCCUGAGUUUCGUGGACGAGAAAAAGUGGCAGGAUCUCGAACCCGUUUCCUCCUGGUUUGGGCCAUCAUCCUUCCUGAUGAACACGAUGUCGGGUCUCUUCAAGCUCUCCAUGUUUAUACGGCACUGCCAUAACUACCUCACCGAGCAGAUCGGGAUCCCGGUGUGGGGGUCCUACACCAUCUUUGCCCUGGCGACACUUUUCUCCGGCCUGACCUUGGGUCUGAUCUUGGUGUUCAUCGCAGACUGCGUCUUUCCAUCCCGACGAUUCUCGUCGCCAAACUACUAUCAGAAGAAACAGGCCCUCAAACAGGCCCGGUUGAUGAAACAGCUGGAGGUCGAGCACGAGGCGGACGGGGAGGAAGAGGACGAGGAAGAAGAGGAAGAGGACUACUACGAUAGAGACCAAGACGAUUUGUGGAGGAGGGGGGUGCCCGAGGGGCGGCCCGAGCCCAGGACAGGGGACCUUCCGGAGGACACAGUGCGAAGGAGGGUCCUAGGCACUGGUGAUGAUGAGGAGGAUGAGGAGGACACCUAGUGGCCGGGAGGGGAACUGCAGACGCCUGCAAACGGCACGGAAGAGCUUGGGACUUGCAGCGGCGGGGGUUGCCGAAGCAGACGGUGUGGCUGGCCAGCUACGCUUACGGUUUUCUCUCCACCUUUGCAGGAGUGUGCCGGACUCUCCAUACAGAAUAGCAUCCUCACGACUGCACACACUCCCGGGGGGAAGACGACUAUCGUCAUUUCAGAAGUUCGCGUUUUUAUUUUGGGCGGGACAGGGUUUUUUUUCGGUUUAAGUGAUGACCUGGAGUAAAAUCUUUUGCGAAUAUUUCUUAUUGUUUUUAUCGUAUCUCCUUUAUAUUAAUCAAUGUUAACGUAUUAUGCCGAGUUUGUGCCGAGACGCCCCUCUAGAGAAGAAAAAAACUGUUAUGUGGCUAGUUUUGUGAACAGUUUGGCUUUUCUAACCCCCUCCCCCCCCCCCCAGCUUGCUUGUUGCAAGAAAUCCUGUCAUUCUGAGAGCUAUAUGCCUUCCUUUCACCUACUUACUCCACUGUUACCUAUUUCUCCAAUUAAUAUGGUUUGAGGUUUCCACUCCUGUGUGUCUGAUUGGCCGACGGGCUGGCACUUGGUUUGGCACUGAAGUGAAAUGUGUGGUCUGGUCGCAGUCAGGAUGUGUGCAUGACCUGCCUCUUUCAUGCAGCUGGACUGACUCUUUCAUUCGCACGGCUGUUCCGCGGUUACUCUCUAAAAAGGAACCGACGGGCACGGUCUCGAGAGGAAUGCACUGCACACAUCCCCCUUAUUCGCUUCGAGUUCCGUUUUUGCCCGAAAAGUGAAAAUAACAUUGAACUGCUUCUUGUGCGCAUAUUUUUUUAAAGUAUAAUGGGGUUGUUUGUGCUUUAAAUGGAAUCAAUUCCUUCAAUUGAGUCCGUUGAGUGAUGUUGGCUUUAUCAGUUUAGUUUUUUUUUCUUUUUUUUUUAUAACUCUUAACUUAACUUGUUACAAUUUGGGCAUUGGCUGAUUCCCACUUGACAGUUUUGAUGGUGACUUAGCCUUUUCUUUUUUUUUUUUGCUUUGUUUUUACACUCUUAACAGCAGGAUGUGCUUGGCAUUAUCUAUGCCUGCUGCUCCCCAAGGCUUUUCCUAUUGCUGUCUAUACUAACCUUCAGUUUACAUGCAUGUAAAAUAACGUUUUUUUAUUUUGUUCGUUUUCUUGAGGUCAAAUGGCAAAUUUCCUUCUGAAAUAUCCAGAGUCAAUCAAAAGCUUUCUCUUUUGUGAACGGCCCUGAUGAACGGUAUGGCUGCCGGAUCUCCUGGAGCCCAGGUCAGACGCUGUCCUCCUUAGUACGGACGAAUCGGGGCCGAACGCUGGGGCGCUACCUAUAGCAGGUGUCAAAGAGGAGAUUCACUGGGCGGCACCUUUGUUCCGAAUUUGCGCCGUCGUAAGUGGAACAGCCUUGGGUCUGCUGGGAGUUGUGGGAAUUGUGGGAGUAAAACGCAAGCCUGUUCUCACAGGGGCUGCUGGGAUAUGUUAUCAGUGAACGAUGGUAAGGCUUGCGCAGGCUGUGGGCGACGUACCCAUGGUGCUGCUUUCAGGCCUAAAAUAAGCAGGUGUGUGUUUGUAGCCCUGGGCCUGCUCAGCUUGGGAGUGGCCUGCCAGUUUAACUGAAAUGGAAUGUUGUCAGUAUUGUUUUGAUUUGAAUUUGUGUGUGGGGAACUGAAACACAAGUGGGUGUGGGGGGGGUGGGGA